UUAACCGCAUUUCGCGACUUACUUGUCCACGAGGAGCGCUUUUUACUUGGGAUAAGGUUAUGAUAUUGUUUCGCGAAAAAGGGAUCGGGUGCGAUCACGGCAUUUCAGUGCGUGUCACUGAUCGCCACGUACGUCCGAUCCGAUAGUGUGUAGUAGUCGUACUAAAUAGUGAUACGUAUUAUAUUUUACGAAGUUUUAUUAGGUAGUGAUUAGAUUGACCUGUGCAUAUCAAUCUUAUGGUUAUUCGUAAUUUUCUUAGUUUAUAUUUAUAUCUAGUGUAUGUUCGUUAAAAGCGGUUUACUUGUGCGUGGAUUUUUUCAUUUUUUUAUAUUAUAGAGAUAUUGAUAAAAUGACUGAUAGCAGUCAUAAUUCUCCGGCGAGGAGUUUUGGGUCGCCAGCUCGAAGUUUUAAGUUAUAUGACCGUCGCGUUUUGGGUUCACCUGCUCGUUCUUAUUGUAGUGGUGCGGAUUAUUCUUCUGCUACCGAAUCUGAAGGAGAAGAUUCCUCUGCGGACACGAUCUACUUGGCAGCAGAAGUGCCGGGUUCUGUUGAUCAGGCAAUCAUAAACGGAUGGCUUAAGUUUAGAGACAACAAAAAAUGGAGACAUAGAUGGGCUGUUAUAACAAAAUUAUCACCAGCUGCAGGUAAGUCAUAAGUGGAUGUUUAAGAUUAAAUUAGUACUCAAGUAUUGGACGAAUCAAAUGGGAAAUUAAAAAAAUAAUUAAGGUUGUAACAAGUUUAUACACUUUUAAUUCUUAUGUAUAAGCAUAGUUGUACAUAAAACCUUUUUGGUACAAAAUGAAAUACUUAAUCAUAAUUACGACGUGUCCAGUAUACACGUAGUCAAGCAUACGAGAUGAAUCUUUUUAAUCAAAGAAAGGCAAAAAAGUAUAUUUGGACAGAAAACAAAUGUAAAAAAAAAAAAAUGUCAAUAUGUUAUGAAAAAAUAAUUAUCUUGUAGAAUACUUGAAAUUUUGUGUGAUGGACGUGUUAUAAUAAAAGAUUAUUAACGUUAGGUUAAAUGUUAUAUUUAAUAUUUGUGGUUGUUGGAUCUUGAACUUAUAUGCUCUAGAAUUCUGCAUUAAUUAACCAUAAACUUUAUAAGCUCAUAACCCUAAAAUUAUCAGGAAUACUUUGAAGUUUGUUAAUUUUAACAACACUGUUACAUGUAACAAUAAAAUUGUAUUGAUAGUCAUUACUGUUUGGAUAACUAUUUAUAAUACUAAAUAAGCAAUUUGACUGAGUUCUUCUACGAUAGCCUGAGAAAAUACGUUUU